CUGUAUGACCUUAUGACUAUGGCUUUCAAAUACCAAGUGCUGCUGUGCCCUCGGCCCAAAGACAUUCUGCUGGUCACAUUCAAUCACCUGGACGCGAUCAAGGAUUUCGUACGUGAUUCUCCUGGCAUUCUGAACCAGGUGGACGAAACUUUCCGACAGCUCAUUGAAACGUACAGCUGCCUCUCUGCUGGUGAAUUUCAGCUCAUCAGGCAAACCCUCCUCAUUUUUUUUCAGGACAUGCACAUAAGGGUCUCUAUCUUUCUGAAGGAUAAAGUGCAAAACUCUAAUGGUCGCUUUGUGCUGCCAAUAUCAGGCCCUGUUCCUUGGGGUACAGAAGUUCCAGGACUCAUCAGGAUGUUUAAUCGCCAUGGAGAUGAAGUUAAAAGAACCGAGUUCACCACUGGUGGAAAUUAUGUUACGCCACAAAGGGAAGGAUCUUUUGAUCUUUAUGGAGACAGAGUCCUCAAACUUGGAACAAAUAUGUACAGUGUUAGUCGGCCAGUAGAGACACACAUGUCAGGAGCAUCCAAAAACUUGGCAUCCCAUGCAAAGGAGAAUAUAGCCCCUAACCCUCUUGCUAAAGAAGAACUGAACUUUUUGGCCAGGCUGCUGGGAGGUCUGGAGAUCAAGAAACCUGGUGACAGUGAGACCGGAUUCCGGCUGAAUUUGUUCACCACUGACGAAGAGGAGGAACAUGCUGCAUUGACUAGACCAGAGGAGUUGUCUUACAAGGUUAUCAACAUAGAAGCCACGCAGGUACGUACAGCGCGCUUCAGAUCUUUGAUUCUCAUCAUUCCUGCCUUGCUAAGAACAGAGUUUCACCCACAGUAG